CAAAGUACCUGGGGUUCUGAAAUAUAUUUUAAAGCAUUUUUAAUUAAAACUUCGUUGAAAAAUCUUUUUAAAAAUUUUUCAUUAAAACAAGAAAAAUGUUAUCAAGAAAAAUGUAUUUUUAAGGAAUUGACUAAUUUUAUAAAAAGUUUUAAAUAACUAAUAACAAUGUUCCCUCAAAUUUUUUGAAUCUUGAAUCCCUAAUGACUGGAUUUUGUCUCUAAUGACGUUUGUAAACGUAGAAUUGAGUGUGCAACAUUUGAUGCACAGCUACGUUUUUUCUACGGAGAGAAGUGUUUUUCUGAUAUUAAUGUUUCAUAUUCGAUACUCAUAAUAAAAAAGAGAUCAAGUUAUAUCGUAAAAAUAUAAAAAAAAAACAUUAAUACUGCAAUUUUAUUCUAUGAAAAUUCUCAUUUUCAUUGAAAUGACGGGAACGCAACUUUUCUUAACAUUAAUAUUGUGGUCUGAGUGAAACGGAAUACCGAUCAAAACGGUAAAAUAAAAAACGAGGGAAUCUUUUUUUUGCCUGGUAACCUCUCUUCUGUUGAUGUGUCGUGAUCGUGAAGUCUAAAAUAUCAAUAUUUUGCGAUUUAUGAAAUAAAAACGAUAUAUUCUGAGUGGUUUUCAGAGUUCGAAUAUUUUUUACCAUAUUCCACCUUUCAAUGAUACCGAAAUGGACGAUGCGAUCAUGCAGUCAAGUAGUUCUACUUGUAGCUACGUGGACGGCGAUCAUACCAGAAGCAUUAUACACAUCGACAUAGACUGUUUUUACGCUCAAGUGGAGAUGGUGAAAAAUCCCGAAUUACGUUCUGUGCCACUCGGCAUACAACAGAAAAACAUCGUCGUUACAAGUAACUACGAAGCCCGAAAUUAUGGUGUCCAGAAAUGCAUGCUAGUUACUGACGCACUAAAAGUUUGCCCUAAUUUGAAACUUGUUAAUGGUGAAGAUUUACAUGACUAUAGAGCAGCUUCUAAUAAGAUAUUCGAAGUUUUAUUGUCAUUGAAAUGUCCAGUAGAGAAAUUGGGUAUGGAUGAGAACUUCAUAGAUGUCACAAAACUAGUACAGGAAAAACAAAAAUUAGAUAGCCACGAAUUAGUUGGUCGUUUGUACAGUGAGCCUAGUAUGGAUUGUCCAUGUGGUUGUCACACUAGACUGAAAAUUGCAUCACAAAUAGCUAAUGAUAUAAGGCAAAAAGUAUAUAGUGAUGUUGGUUUUACAACAUGUGCUGGUAUUGCACACAACAAGCUGCUUGCAAAAUUAAUUUGCCCCUUUCAUAAACCCAAUAACCAAACAACAAUAUUUCCAGAACAUGCCAUUGCUUUCAUGGCUACUAUGGACAGUGUUCGGGCCAUCCCAAGUAUUGGAUCCAAAACUACUGAAACUCUUAUAUCUCAUAAAAUCAUAUCUGUGAGUGAUCUACAAAAGGUAUCAAUUGAAGUAUUGAAAAAGAACUUCAGCAGUGACAUGGCAAUAAGACUGAAAAGUUUAAGUUUAGGAGAAGAUAACACUCCAGUGAAACAAACGGGGAAGCCUCUGAGUAUAGGGUUAGAAGAUAGUUUCAAAACUGUCAGUGUCAAAAGUGAAGUAGAAGAUAAAAUCUCAGCUUUACUUCAAAGGCUGUUGGUACUCGUUAGAGAGGAUGGAAGAAUACCAGUCUCUUUAAGGGUCACAUUGAGGAAAAAAGAUGCUAAGAGGUUGAGUAGCCAUAGAGAGUCUAGACAGUGUCAGAUAUCACCAUCAAUAUUUACAAUCAACAAUGGCACUCUGACUGUAACUGAGGCUGGACAACAAAAACUCAUGUCAAUAAUUAUGAGAUUAUUCAAUAAACUUAUAGAUUUAUCUAAACCAUUCCAUUUGACACUUGUAGGAUUAGCUUUUACAAAGUUCCAAGAGCGUAUGACUGGCAGGAGUUCCAUAGUGAACUACCUCAUGAAUGAUAUCUCUGUUCAGUCUGUACUCAAUUUACAAAAUGACUGUGACACAUCUACAUCAGCCAUGGACUACUCUGCAGCAUCACCCAGUAGCAGCACUACCACAGACUUAUCUGAUGCUGAAGUAGAACCUUCUCCAAAAAAGCCUAAGAAGGUAACAUGGAUUGCAAAAAGGAGAUGUUUGGCAAAGGAGGAAGUUGCAUCUCCAAGUAAGCUCAAAGUAAGUGAGCUACGUCUCAACUCAAAGGAGUUAGAAAAGGUAUCAGAACUAAGAUUGAACUCAAGGGACAGAUCUUUGACACCCAGAGCCAGUCCUGCUAAAGACAAUCUUUCUGAUACCUCUGAAACCAUGAAGGAUUUAACUGAUGAUAGUCCCUGCGAUGACUGCCCUAGCUAUGUUGAUAAGGAAGUGUUUAAUGCUCUCCCAGAUGAGAUGCAACAAGAGCUUAAAGUUAUGUGGAAAAAUCCCUCCAGUUCAGAAGUACAGAGGAGUAGUCCCAGAACAACGAACAAAUCAAAACCAAACACAAUCAUGAAAUAUUUUGUUCCCCACAAAUAGUAUUAGUAAGAUUCUAUCUUGUUAAUUAUUUUAAGUGAUAAGUGAAUGGUUUCUAUUUUUUCAAAUCAUACAAUUUUUAUUCAACUGAUCAAAUACAUGUUUAUGUUAAAAACCAUAUUUUGUUUUACCCUUACAAUUGAGGACACAAAAAUAAUAGGUGUAGUUUAUCUUGACCAUAUCAUUUAAUAACUAUAUUUUUUACAGCUUCUGUAACCAUAGAAUAAAGUUCUGUAUACUUGUGCACACUAUUUACAUUGACAUGUAGAUUCUCUGCCAUUUUUGCAUAUGAAGCUACAUCUACAUUAAGUUGUAGCCUGAUCUUAUCACCAUCUGUCACCCCACUUGCUUCAUUUAUUUGUUGCUGCGUUUUCUCACGUAUCUGUUUCAGUCUUCUCAGUGACUCUUCUGUUUUUUGAACUGAAGUUAACACAUCCUCAACAUAUUUAAAAUAUCUGAAAACAUUUAACUUCGAAUAAUGAUUUUUAAACAUUACUCACAACCUCUGGAGCAGAACUUUGUAGCAACACAGAAAUAGUCCAAUAUUUACUGUUUGUCUGAUUAGCUAUCAAAAUUGUAUUUGUUAAAAUUUUUUGACUAGUUUGCAUGUAUGGUUUUUAAACCCAUAAUAUAUACAAAAGUUAAUUUUAUAUAAUUUAUUAUUGUUUUCUAUUUCACACUCUGAUUUUUAAAUUGCAACAUUUAAAUCUAUUUAAUAAAAUUUAUAACAGUUAAUUUAUUGACAAAUUUAUAAAAUAAAAUGUAAUACUUACGAAAUAGUCAUAAUAUUGAAUAAGGCUUCAUAUAACUCAACUAAGAAUGCAUUGUCUAGUCUCUUUUUAGCAUCAUUAUGAAAUUCAUAUAACGUUUUUGAUACAAUUUCUAUAUAUGUACAGGGUUUAGUAGGAAUACUCCGAUUGGUUUUUCUAUAUAAUCUUGGUAUGUCACUCACUUGUCUUAACUGUAGAUUGAAAUGAUCAAACAACUCUUUGACAAUACAUUCCCUAAUUUUAUCUUUUGUUCCUUCCAAUAAUUUUUCUGAUGAACUAAGACUCUGUCUCAGUAAAUUAUCAUUUUUUAUUGAAAUUUUGGGUUUAACAAUCAAUAAAAACUGAGGCAAUCUUUGUAAUAAGAUCUGAAUAUCUAUAUAAAUGUUAAUAAUACUGUCAAUGAGGACUUUAUUCAACAAACUUGAGUCAACUGCAGGGUUUAUAGUUUUCUGAAAUUGUAAUACGAAUUUAUUAAAUAUUUUCAAUAUAAUAGUAGUAGUCAUUAGAUUUACAGAACAACAAUGGUACCCUUUGCUGGAAUGAUUUCUACACUACCUGAGUACAAAUUGUAGUUGCCCAAGUUGCAUAUCUUGACAGUAAUUGCAAUGAAAGUUUCCAGAACUUGUGAGCUAGAGCUUCUAUGUAGAUUCCAUCUGUCCAACAUUCCAAUAAUGAUUUCCAACAAGAGUGAGUUUCCUUCAAAAUAAAGCCUUCACCAUUUUCAAUUGUAGGACAGUUUUGCAACAUUGUUUCAAAACCACCUGCAAGCACAUCACCAUAUUUAAUAAACAGCAUCUGUAGUCGAAAUAGAUUUUUGGUUCAUAAUUGUAAUAUAUUUGCUAUACCUGCUAUUUCUUGGAACCGAAUCUGAAAAUACACUGGGAGAUUCCAUCUCCUUUGAAAACUUUUAAAUUCUGAUGUAUUUCGUAAAAGUUUUACUGUUUUCUUAGUGCUGCACCACUCUUCUAACUUCUUUACAAAUUGCAAACUUUCACUAUAUCUUUGAUAAAAAAUCUGUGGAUUGCCAGGAGCAAAAAUAGAUGCUAGAUUCACCUCUAUUCGGCUCUCAACUUCACACCAAAAGCAGUUCACUAAGAAAUUAUACUUGUUAAUAAGAAAAGUCAGUUUGGAAUGUUGAGUUACUAUCAAGAAUAAUUUUAAUUUUGUGUCUAAAAGUGACAGGACCUUUGCAUAGAUUCCUAGUAAACCAUCUUUACUUUUCUGUAGUGUGGACUCAUUUAUGAUGUCUUGUAAUAAAGGUGCCACAGCCUGUUUCCUCAUAAGCCACUCUGUUUCUGUAACACGAUCUAGUACAGCCAAUGACAUCAAUACUUUAAGGAGAUUGGCCUCAUCAUUCUCAUUCCAAAAUUGAAAAAGCAAAUCAUUUAACACUUCAAUAAGUUUCUCUCCAAAUUUAUUAUUUUUAAACUUCUGUUCUGAUUUUAUUAAAUUCUCACACUUCAUUGCUGAAUAUUUAAGUUGAUUAUACUGCAUUGCAGCUCGAUCAGCUAAUACUAUUUGCUCUUGCUUCCUUUUCUCUGAUAUAUUAUUUAAUAUGCUCUCCAAUGUUUUCAUGCAAUUAAUAGUUUGACUAUAAUACUUUAACAAUUGCUUUUUUUUCUGUAGAGCAUGUCUUUGGCUCAGCCACAUUGAUAACUCUUUCAUAGCAUCAUCCAAACUUUGUUUUACAUUCUGAAAAAUAUAAAAUUAUAUCACUAAAUUAUAGGCGACGCAUAUUGGUUAUAAAACGAUUUCCUGGAAUCAAACAGGAGAACUUACCAAUACUUCUUCAUUCAACUGACCCAAUGGCACUUUAAUCUUUACUAUAGCUUUAUCAAAUCCAAUGAGAGUUGCACAUAGAUUUACAAAGUUUGCAUAGUCUUUGUUGAUCAGUUCUAUCAUAGCUAAACGGAGCACCUUCAAGUACACACCCAGGUCAUCUCGCAUGGUUUCCAAUGAAGCUACAUUUUGGUGGUCUGCUAAGAAGUUGUCAAUGGAGAAAUUUGUCUACAAGAAUUUAAAACCAAUGAAAAACACGUUUUAAGACUUAAGGACGAUCAUAAAUAAUUUGAAUAUGAGUAGUAAAUACCUUAACAAAAUCAUUGCGGUCGAAACACAGACCCCGUGGGGCCGGGGGUAAUGUAAACUCAAGAUUAUCAUUCUCCAUAAUAGCUGACUCUUAACAUUUUAUAAAAAAGGCACCAUUAUAUAAAUUUUUAAAAUUGUGUAAUUAAAAUAAAAUAAAACCCUCUAUUCAGGAGUCAUCUUGACGUUUUGGUGAAACGAAAUUUGACAAAUGACACGUCAGUUUUAGUGAUGUAAUCUAAGAACAAGUUUAGAUCAAUUUUGGUCUGUGAAG